AGCCCCUCCCGGCCCGGCGCGUGCGGCCAAGCGCAGGCCCCUCCUCGCUCUCCUUAUUCUGGAUCCGCCACCCCGCCGCCACCACAGCGACCACGCGCUCUGCGGACUCCAGCUUCGACCUCAGAGGGAACCAACGACAUGGCGGCGGCGGCCACACCCGAGAACCUGUCCCUGGUGGUGCACGGAGCCGGGGACCUGCGCCUGGAAAACUACCCUAUCCCUGAACCAGGCCCAAAUGAGGCGCUGCUGAAGAUGCAUUCAGUUGGUAUCUGUGGCUCAGAUGUCCACUACUGGCAGCACGGUCGAAUUGGGGAUUUCGUUGUGAAAAAGCCCAUGGUGCUGGGGCACGAAGCUUCGGGAACAGUCAUCAAAGUCGGACCGCUGGUAAAGCACCUGAAACCAGGGGACCGUGUUGCUAUUGAGCCUGGUGCUCCCCGAGAAACUGAUGAGUUCUGCAAGAUUGGCCGAUACAACCUGUCACCAUCCAUCUUCUUCUGUGCCACGCCCCCCGAUGACGGAAACCUCUGCCGCUUCUACAAGCACAAUGCCAACUUCUGCUACAAGCUUCCUGACAAUGUCACCUUUGAGGAAGGGGCCCUGAUUGAGCCGCUAUCUGUGGGGAUCCAUGCCUGCCGGCGAGCUGGAGUCACCCUGGGCGACAAGGUCUUUGUGUGUGGAGCUGGGCCAAUUGGACUGGUCACUUUGCUUGUAGCCAAGGCAAUGGGAGCAGCUCAAGUGGUGGUGACUGAUCUGUCUGCCUCUCGGUUGUCCAAAGCCAAGGAAGUCGGGGCAGAUCACACCCUCCAAGUCUCCAAAGAGAGCCCUCGGGAAAUUGCCAGUAAAGUGGAAAGUCUGCUAGGGUGCAAGCCUGAAGUCACCAUCGAGUGCACAGGGGCGGAGGCCGCCAUCCAGGCGGGCAUCUAUGCAACACGUUCUGGUGGGACCCUGGUGCUCGUGGGGAUGGGCCCCGAGAUGACCACUGUGCCCUUGGUGCACGCAGCCACCCGGGAAGUGGACAUCAAGGGCGUGUUUCGAUACUGCAACACGUGGCCAAUGGCGAUUUCAAUGCUUGCAUCCAAGUCUGUGAAUGUUAAGCCCUUAGUCACCCAUAGGUUUCCUCUGGAGAAAGCUCUGGAAGCCUUUGAAACAUCCAGAAAGGGGUUGGGGUUGAAAGUCAUGCUCAAGUGUGACCCCAACGACCAAAAUCCCUGAUGUUAACUGGGCUCUGCCCUUAUCCCCGCCCUCUCAGCCUUGUGGGAGCUGAAUGGCUAGGCAGGGGUGGGGUUCGAUACAGAAGUGUCUUUUGAAUGAUAAGAAUAAUUGAAAUACUUUAUUAUAAACAGUCUUACACAGAGGAAGAGGUGUGCCUUAAAAACACAAGUAGGAAUAGUUUUGGGGAACGUGUAGCCUAGCACCCUGUUCAUGCUGAGCAAAGUUCAGCAAGUGGAGCAGAGUUUGGCGGGCAGGUGUCAGAACCCUGCUGCUUCCUGUAGUGCCCUAGUUGAGCAAGGACGGAAAUUUGCCCGCUAGGUUUCUGGUUCCACCAUGGCAGUGGCCAGGUGAGGGGUGAGGGCAUAGCUUCAUCAAGACUUGCCUGUCCCAGAAGCUGCUUUUCAUAAAAAUCUGCAACUCAGGGUCUGGGAUAGGGGUGGCCAGCACAGUGUUUCUGGAAAUAAGGGCUAUUUGAUUUCAUGAUAAAAGGAGAAUAAGAAUAGGGACUAGCCUUUCUGGCUCUAAAAUAAUUUUAAAACUGAUCAAAUAAAAGCAAAUUCCACGUGAAAUCAGACCAACUUACAUCCCCCAAAUGGAGAAACUGUCAGGAGCCUUCUCAUCCCUGCUUGAACCUCUUCUUCGGCUCCUGAGAAUUCUGCGUAAUUUAAUUUGCACGAUGGAGAACCCCCUUCCCCCCACUCCCUACCCUCACCCCUAGGCAGACUCAAGGGCAGCCACACCAGGCUCCCUUGUUGCUAGGCAACCAGUAGAGUCCUCCCCGAGGGCAGUGGCUGGGAGACCUUACCUACAUCAGGACACUGACUAACGCAGCAGGGCUUGGUCAGUGCUGCUGGCGUUCCCACCCCACAGGAUUCGCUUCGCUUCUGGGCCCACUCUCAAACUCACUGGUGGUUAUUGGACAAUUCCACUUAAUUCUGAUUACUUUAAACAGAAGACCUUUCUCUUUCUCAUAACUGGUAAAGACUCUUGGUAUCUUUCUGUCUGUCUGAAUGAAAUCUCUAAAUCCUGUGCCCAGUAUUUGAAUAAAUCUUAUUUUAAUUGCGGGGUUUUCUGUACAAGCUUUGGAUCUAAAUCGCGUUGCGCUCAUCUGUGACUUUGAGAUUGUUAAUCAGGAAUGAGGAUAUAUAUGGUAGUGACAUAACUUGGUCUGCAGCCUUUAUGCUCUCACUUCACCUUUGGAAACCCUGGCGGCAUAGUUUUAAGAGCUACAGCUGCUAACCAAAAGGUCGGCAGUUUGAAUCCACCAGCCGCUCCCCAGAAACUCUAUGGGGCAGUCUGGAAUUUCUCAAACUGCCUCAGAUAAUAAAUUCUGUCUGUGGUCCCUGUGACUACUGCCGCCUCUGUUGGGAGGAACAGACUUGGGUGACCCAUUUCAUAGAAGGAAGGAUCUGGGAUUUUCAAAGUUGACACAUUCGCUGAGUCAAAUAUAAUUUCUUUGACUGCCAGAAAUUUAUGUUAAUCCUUACAGGAAACCAAAUACAUAAGGAAACGGGAAAUCAAGCAAUUUGCCCAGGAUCACAAACUGGGCAAUUAUUCUCUCAUGUUAUCUCCGAAGGAAGGUGAGGUCUGAAGCCAUCUGUCCCUCCCUCCUCAAACACCACACGCACACAAUGACGUGCACACACACACGUUCACACAUGCACAUACAUGUGCUUUCGUCUUUGAGUCCUAUUUAGCUAGGGCCGGACUUGCCAGCUGCUUCCUCUCAAAACUGCCCCUUCAAGCUCAGGAGCUCCUUCAACAUGGGAUAGAAAGAUUUCAUUCUCUUUCUAAAGGGAAUAGUGCCCCGAAAGCAAAGGAUUCAUUGUGUUAAACUCACGUCCUCUUUUCUGCCUCCAAUUGUGGUUUGAUGGAGGGAGGCCACUGAGCCUGAAAGGGACUCAGGAGCUGCAGAGGGAAUACCAGAGAAGUGCUUGAGUCUGAU